UUUUCUGUUCUCUUGUUGCAGGAACAAGUUAAACUUGAUGCCACCAAACAGGUGACCAGUCCAGAUGAUUUCGAAGAUCUCAGUCCAAUGCCACAUACGGCUGCUCCACCGGUACGCCGACGUGGUGGCAUAUCAGCGGAACCUGUUACCGAAGAGGACGCCACAAGCUAUGUGAAGAAAGUUGUACCCAAGGAUUACAAAACAAUGGCUGCGUUAUCUAAGGCUAUUGCCAAAAACGUCCUAUUCUCGCAUUUGGAUGAAAAUGAACGUUCCGACAUUUUCGACGCAAUGUUUCCAGUGACGCAUUUAAUGGGUGAAAAUAUCAUUCAACAAGGUGAUGAAGGUGAUAAUUUCUAUGUUAUUGACCACGGUGAGGUUGAGGUAUUUGUUAAUUCUGAAUUGGUGACAACAAUUGGCGAAGGUGGUAGCUUUGGUGAAUUGGCGCUCAUCUAUGGUACACCACGUGCAGCUACCGUACGAGCUAAAACCGAUGUCAAGCUAUGGGGCAUCGAUCGUGAUUCUUAUCGACGAAUUUUGAUGGGUUCUACUAUACGCAAAAGGAAAAUGUACGAAGAAUUUUUGUCGCGUGUGUCAAUUUUGGAGAGUCUUGAUAAAUGGGAGCGUCUCACUAUAGCUGAUGCACUGGAACCAGUCUCAUUCGAAGAUGGUGAAACAAUUGUUAAACAAGGUGAACCGGGUGAUGAUUUCUACAUUAUCUUGGAUGGUACCGCUGUUGUACUUCAACGACGAGCUGAGCAAGGGGAUGAGCCCGCCGAGGUUGGACGUUUAAGUCCAAGUGACUACUUCGGUGAAAUUGCUUUGCUGUUAGAUCGCCCCAGAGCAGCUACUGUGGUUGCAAGAGGUCCCUUAAAAUGUGUUAAAUUGGAUAGAGCGAGGUAAGAAUAGUGCAAUUUUAA